UAUGUUAUUUUCGGUGCUCUUCCGCAACAUUCCAUUCUCAAUUAAAUGUUUUAUAAGUGUUAUAAUUAUUUGUUAUUAUUAUUAUUUAUCGGAUUAAAUAUUUCUUUUAAUAAUAAUCAUGUAGAAUCAGCUAAUAUAUUGGGAUUAUUUCCAAGUCAAAGUAAAUCACAUUUAGUAAUACAAUUUGCAGUUGUUCGUGCACUUCUUGAAAGAGGUCAUAAUAUAACAGUUGUAACAACAAUACCAUAUCAUGAAGCAAAUUUAAGUGGAUAUAAACAUUUAGUAUUACCAUCAGAAACAAAUUAUGAAGAUGUUGUUAAAGAUAUGAUUCAAGCAAAUGGCACAUAUAAUAAAUUGAUAAAAGCAAUUAAAGCAAUGAAAACAUUUAUUAAUGGAAGUGCCCAUGUUACAUUAACAGAUGAAUUCCAAAAAUUGAUGAAUGAAGAAUCAUUUGAUUUACUUUUAUUAGGAUAUAUUUUUAAUGAAUUUCAUUUGGGUCUUACUUCACAUUUUAAAUGUCCGGCAGUUGUUAUAUGGGUUCAAAAACCAUUAUAUACUUUAGAUCGUCUAGUUGGAAAUCCAAUACUUUCUUUAGAUUAUUCAAGAUUUUAUCAAAUGUCAUUGGAUAUAAACCUUGGUAAUGGAUUUUUGUAUCAUAUUUUGAACUCUUUAUUAGCCACUUUCGAUAUAAUCAAUGCAAUAGCUUAUGAUUAUAUUCAAGAAUCUUAUUACGAAACUUUGUUUGAUCCGGGAAAAUAUCCUAGUUAUACAGAAGUAUUGAAAAAUGUUUCACUUGUACUCAUAAAUAAUCACUUUAGUGAAGGUCUAAUUCGAGCAAAUGUUCCAGCUUUCGUAGAAAUUGGUGGUAUACAAGUUAAAUCAAAACCAGAUCCUUUACCAGAUGACAUUAAAAAAUUUCUAGAUAAAUCUUCUAAACAUGGUGCAAUACUUUUUAGUUUAGGUUCAAAUGCUAAAAUUGAAUACAUUAAUUCUGAUGUUAUCAAAAAUAUUUAUACAACCUUUACGAAUUUAAAACAAAAUAUUAUUUGGAAAUGGGAUAGUGAGAUUUUGCCAGGAAAUUCUACAAAUAUUUUAUUCAAGAAUUGGUUACCACAAGAUGAUAUUUUAGCUCAUCCAAAUCUUAAACUUUUCAUAACACAUGGUGGUAAAGGAAGUUUAAUUGAAGCAGCUUAUCAUGGUGUACCAAUGGUUGGAAUACCAUUAUUUGCUGAUCAACAUGGUAAUAUUAGGGAGAUGGUUAAAAAAGGUUUUGGAGUUGGUAUUGAUAUUACAAAUUUAACAAUUGACUCCUUCGAAAAUGUUAUAAAUGAUGUUUUAACAAAUGAAAAAUAUUCAAAAGAAGUGAAAUAUUUUUCACAAAUAUACCGUGAUCGUCCAAUGACUGCUAAAGAAAGUGCAAUAUUUUGGAUUGAAUAUGUUUUAAGAUAUAAUGGGGCAAAACAUAUGCAAAACUCAGCUAUUUUCAUGAGUAAUUAUAAACGUUUAGGUAUUGAUGUUAUAUUGUUCUUAGUGAUUUUAUUUUAUGCAUUCUAUCGUAUUAUAAAAUUAAUUAUUAAAUUUUUAUGGAGGAAAUGCUGUCGACGUAGCUUACCAGAGAAAGAUUUUAACAAGAGAAAAUCGAAAAAAGAAUAUGUUACUGGAACUCAAUUCAAAUUUGUGAUGGUUAAUAUUCGAAUUAUUUCAAUUGGAAUUUUAUUAAUUAUUGCCUUUAUAAAUAUUGAAAAUGUAGAAACAGCAAAUAUUUUGGGUUUAUUUACAACCCAAAGUAAAUCACAUUUAAUUAUUCAUUUUGCUGUUGUACGUGCUCUUGUUGAAAGAGGUCAUAAUGUAACUGUUGUAACAACAAUGCCAUAUACUGAACCAAAUUUAACUGGAUUCCAACAUUUAGUAUUACGUCCGAAAUCUGGUUUCGAAGAUAUUAUUAAACUUAUGAUACAAACAAAUGGAGCUUAUUCAGUAUAUCAACAUCUUAUUAAUAUAGUUAAAUCUUUAAUUGAUGUUAGUAGUAAUGUCACGUUAACCGAUGAAUUUCAAAAAUUGAUGAAUGAAGAAAAAUAUGAUUUACUUUUAUUAGGAUAUAUUUUUAAUGAAUUUCAUUUGGGUCUUUCGGCACAUUUUAAUUGUCCAGCUGCUGUUAUAUGGGUACAAAGACCAUUUUUCUUUUUGGAUCGUGUUAUUGGAAAUCCAUUGUUAACAUUGGAUUAUUCACGUUUUGGUCAAAUGGGAAUCGGCGCUUAUAUUGGUGAUGGAUUCUUUUAUCGUAUUUUAAAUUUCUUAUAUGGUUCACUUGAAGUUAUUAUAUUGCGAAUUUAUGAUUAUGUACAAGAAUCAUAUUACAACUUCCUAUUUCCACCAGAUAAAUAUCCGAGUUAUAAAACAAUGCUACAAAAUAUUUCUCUUUUACUUGUUAAUCAUCACUUUAGUGAAGGUUUAAUUCGAGCGAAUGUUCCGGCUUAUGUAGAAAUUGGUGGAAUUCAAGUGAAAUCAAAACCAGAUCCACUACCAGAUGAUAUUAAAGAUUUUUUGGACAAAUCAUCAGAACAUGGAGCAAUACUCUUCAGUUUAGGUUCAAAUGUUAAAGCUGAAUUUAUUAAUCCGAAUGCAACAAAAGAUAUUCAUUCUGUGCUAUCAAAUUUAAAACAAAAUGUUAUUUUAAAAUGGGAAACUGAUAUAGGAAAUUCAACAAAUAUUUUAGUUAAAAAUUGGUUACCACAAGAUGAUAUUUUAGCUCAUCCAAAUUUAAAAUUAUUUAUAACACAUGGUGGUAAAGGAAGUUUAGUUGAAGCAGCCUAUCAUGGUGUACCAACAAUUGGAAUACCAUUAUUUGGUGAUCAACCUGGUAAUGUUAAUGAUAUGGUUAAAAAAGGAUUUGGUGUUAGUGUUAAUAUUCGAAAUUUAACUAUAAGUUCUUUUAAAAAUCUUAUAAAUGAUGUUUUGACAAAUGAAACUUAUACAAAAAAUGUAAAGCAUUAUUCAGAAUUAUAUCGAGAUCGACCGAUGACUGCUAAAGAAAAUGCAAUAUUUUGGAUUGAAUAUGUUAUGAGGCAUAAAGGAGCUAAACAUAUGAUGAGCCCUAAUCUUGCAAUGAAUGAUUUUGAACGUUUAGGAUUUGAUGUAUUGCUGUUUUAUUUAAUUGUGUUUUAUAUAAUUUAUAGAUUUGUAAAAUUCUUUAUUAAAUUGAUAUGGCGAAAAUGUUGUAUCCGAAAGAAAAUAGAAAUUGUUAAAAAAGGAAAAUCAUCAAAGAAAAAUAAAAAGGAAUAAAAAUUUUCUGGCUAAUUAA